GCUGAUCCUUGCCGACGCUUCAUGUUUGGAAUGACCAUCGCAGAUACUACGACCUGGCUUUGGUUCUUCUCAAGAGCUAUGGUAGUCGUGUCAGAACCUUAUGAUUUUAUUUUGGACUAUCAUCACUUGAUAAACUAUGUUGUAUCCAUGCCAUUUGGAUCCACAGAACAACUAGGCUACAGUUCCACAAUCACCAAAGUAGCAGUCCCGCUCAAAGCUGAUCCAGCCCGUUAUUGUAUUCAAGGAUGGAGCAUUCGAAAAUUCAGCAAUCCAAAGUGCACGGAAUGUGCACUCAAAGACUUCUGGAUACCCUUGGACUCGCAGAUGAAAAGCGAGAUCCAGGAGGAUAUCUUCCAGCGCAUCGAACCUAACGAUCCUGCCGCGAGAGAGAAUCCUGAUCUCUAUAAACAGUAA